CAAUAACACCGCACUCGACAUGAAAUGCGGGGAUCACGUCGCCGUCAAUUCGACGCGUCAAAGACGGACUCCCGCGACAGGGUCUUGGCGCAGAGGUCCGAGCUCUUAAAUUUAUUGUAUCGGAAUUUCGGAAAUGAUAUCUUAGCUACUUUUCUUAGAAUUUAUACAGACCUACGAAUCCAACAAAACUAUACAGUGUAGCACGAUGCUACAAUUCUGCCGUCCGGCGAUUCCAUCCCUCAGAUGUUAUACAACACAUAAACCAUUGAUUUCUCAUCGCCAGAAAUCAUUCCAAGCUGUGAUUGAACGCGGAAUUCGUCAAUCGGAGCACCGAAAAGAUUCAAGGAGACAACCUCGAGAUAGUCCAACCAAUCAAAACAAUUCAUUAGAGCGCCGCAGAGAUUCAAGGAGAGCAAGCUGGAGUGGUGACUCUCCUCGGGGCAGUCAAUACGAUCAGUCGUCUUCUCCUCGUGGAUUGCGAUUCCGAAGAGACCGGCAAGAGCAUGCCCCCGUCCGUCGCGACCUGUCUGCUCGAGACCAAGACAACCAGCAAGACCGAACAUCCUCCCGUCGCGAAUCAUACUUCCACGAUAGCCGGAACAACCGGCGGUCCUUCGGUCGAUCUUCUGAGCACGGCAAGGGCGCUCGUCCUAUCAGUCGUCGUCCCAUACCCGAAUCGCUACCUUAUACCACUGCCGCUUCGCAAUUUAUAUAUGGAUAUUCGUCAGUUUUCGCUGCUGUGAAAGCUAAUCAUCGACAACUCUACAAUCUAUACAUACAUUCUCAAGGUUUGAAUAACGAUGGGGUAGACAGACUUCUUGCCGCGGCUAGGGUGGCAGACCUCAAGAUCCACAAAGUCGAGGACGAGUAUACUGGAGCUAUGUCGAAAGCCAGCAAUGGGAGGCCUCAUAAUGGAUUCAUAUUAGAGGCAUCACCAUUACCCAAUCCUCCUAUCAAAGAACUAGCAACUACGUCCAUGGCCAACAACAACUUUCGUGUCGUUCUAGACUCCCAGAGCAGAGAAGAUGCUGCUAUUAAUGGAAAACGAACAGAAUAUACCUACAAGUCGUCAGGUUGGAGACAUCCCUUGGUCUUGUACUUGGAUGGCGUGUUGGACGAAGGAAAUCUCGGUGCCAUUGCCCGCUCAGCAUACUUCCUAGGUGUAGACGCCAUCGUCACACCGACGCGGCAAAGUGCCCCGUGGAGCCAAAUCACUCUCAAGGCAUCCGCAGGUGCUGCAGAAGCAGUGCCAAUAUUCACCGUUGCGGCACCAGCACAAUUCAUCAACAGAAGCGCCGGGAACGGAUGGCACAUCUACGCAAGUGAUGCCGUUCCAUACUACGCUUCAAAAUCACCCUCUACAGGAGAAAAUACCACUGCCACACCCAGCAAGGUCAGUAUCAUACGUCGCGGCAAAGGGCCAGUGGAGGCCGGUUUCUCCCCUUUGGCUACCCACCCAACCAUCCUCAUGAUGGGCGGAGAAGGAAGCGGCUUACGGGACAUUCUUCUCCAAGCCGCACACUACAAAGUCGGCAUACGGAGCACCCGCGAGGUCGAUGAAAUUGGCGUUGACAGCCUGAACGUCAGCGUCGCUGCAGCGCUGCUAUGUUUCGAGUUCCUCCAGAAGCCGGCAGUGCAGAAGUCGGCAGAUGCCCUAUUCUAAGUUUUUCGCCCUUUGACAUCCAUGACUUGCACGUUUAGCGACCUGUAUCAUAUUCUGUAAUAUCACAUAGACAUACAUCUCGGUUCGGCAUCGAGACGUACAUACAUACAAUA